AUGGCUGAAAAGUCCGACUAUAAAGUACCUACGGUAGAGGGACGGUACUUCGAGGCUCAAUGGCCUGUUAUUGACAUACCAGCAGAACCUGUCACUGUUGCUGGUUGUAACUAUCUCACAAAAGCCAUGGCUACCGUUCUCCGUCAACUCAUUCAAGCUCAGAUUGAAGCAGUUGCUUUCCAAAAGACGGAGUGCUGGACUGAUAUGACUGAUUGCUGGAAACCGUUUGGAUGCAAAGACUUUCUGUCAAUGUUGUUGCAUACAACUUCCUUGGCCACGAAUGUGGUCAACCAGUUCGAGCAGUUACUGGAUUACCGACAGGCUGAAGCCUGGCUUGACUCUAGCAACCCCUUGUUACCGAACACAACAAACACUUUGCAGGAUCUGGCAGAUGCGAUCCGUCGCAACGUAAACAAAUUGCGAUUUAUUAUCGAAGAUCUUACCGAACCUGUUUGGGAAAAGGAUGGCGGUGUCCCAACUAAAAAGGAUAAGGAUGAGGAUGAGAGCAAGAAGCGUACUGAUGAGGCUAAGAAAGAGAAGCUGCCCAUUGUCCCUACCAAAGUUCCGACCGUCGAUCUUCGCUGCAUCCGCUUGUGGUGUGUCUUGAACACCAAGAAGAGGCGCCAAGAAUUGGAAAACCCUAAGAACACCAUGGAAAGAAUUGAACAACUCCUGAACGCCAUAGCGAAGGACAUUGAACCUUCGCACGAAGAAGCCGGUUUCAACUUCAGUCCAUCGGCAACCAAAAGGCUUAAAUUGACGCCGCACACCAAGAAAAAAGGGAUAAACGAGCUCGAUGAUAAUGUCCCAAUGGUCUACAGUAUCUGUAUAGGUAUAUGUUGGAAAGAUGGUAAACGCCACAUCCUCCACGACUCGACCACAAUUGGGACUACGCGAGAACGCAUAAGCUCUUUACCUCCGUAUAACGAACACCGAUUGGAAGGACGUAACCUUCACGUUGGCAAUAACGACAUGGAGGCUUGGUCCAAGGAUUUAGAAUCCCUUUCUAAGAUUGACGAGGCCGAUAAGGGAAUCGAGGUUAGCAAGGAAGAACUUGCAUCCUACAAGGUCGAGACCGCCUUGAAUAAGAAAUUGAAGAUCAAAACCGAGCAAGAUGUGAUCCAAAUGAAGGGCCGAGCCUAUUUGGCUGCUCGUGCCAUCAAUAGGUUCGAUGAGAGAGAGCCUCCUGCUCCUCAAAAGCUUCAAGCACUUAGCUUGUGGGAGAUGGGGCCUCGCAGAGACUGCUCCGAGCAUAUUAGCCGACCAUUCCUCGUCACGAAACAUGGGACCAGAGGAAUUGGUGGCUGUUUUCUUUGCAAAGUGCUCAUCAGAUUCAGGGAGCCAAUGAACAACACCGAACUGCAUGAUGGUUUGAAGGAGAGCGCCGCCAGAAAAGAUUUCUUCAAAGACCGCAGGGAUAUACCGCAUUCAUGUGCGGAAGUUAUUUGCUCCAAGUAUUGUCAUAUCAUGGCAGAAGACAAAGAAGCGAGGGACAAGGCGGAAAAGAAGAAGAAGAAGGAGAAGGAGGAGGAGAAGAAGAAGAAGGAGGAGGAGAAGAGGAAGAAGAAGGGAUGGUAUCACGAUAGAGGCAUGCCUCGUAGAUGA